AUGAACGACCAAAAGGAUGUGAGGACGAAGUUUCCGAAGAUGAAGUUGAGUGGCUACGAGAAGAUUCACAUCCUAGAAGGCUUUAAUGAAGAAUUGAGGACAGAUGGCAGAGGGUAAGCUUGUACCAUUCAUAGAUCAUCUCUUUCUUUAGUUUAAAAGAGUAUCGGCCAAUUGGACUUGAGUUAGGAGUGAUUCCUCAUGUGGAAGGUUCUUGUCGAUUGAGAGCUGGCAAUGUUGAUCUUCUUGUUGGCUUGAGGGCUGAACUUGAGACAGUCCUUGAUAGUAGUGUCAAUAUAGACGAUGACGUUCCGAUCAGAAUGGAGUUUAACGUGGAAUUGAAUCCGAAUUCAGAUGUAAGAUUCUUGGGUAAAGAGCCGAUCGAUUUGGCUGAACAGAUCAAAGCAGCUCUUUCCAAAGCUUAUGACAACGAUGAAGCUCUGCCUCAGCUUAAAAAGUAUGUUUGUAGAUUUUUAAUGUGUGUUUUUAUUUAUUAAUCUAUUCUAAGGUGUUAUUGAUCUAUGAAUGUGUAUUAUUUUAGUUUGAAACUGACUAGAAGGUUAUCGUGGGCUGUUUGUGCUGAAAUUGAAGUUCUUGGUUAUGAUGGAAACGUGAUAGACUAUGCUGGUAUUGCUGUAAGUACUUACUUGACUUUAUUAAUUUUUUUAUAUAGUUAAAAGCAGCGUUGACUGACUUUAAAGUGCCAAAAAUGCGAGUUUUAUCCGAUGUUGUGGAUGGACUUGGGGCUGAAAUGGAUGGAGUCGAGUUUCCAAAUGAAGUCGAAUAUAUUACACUCGAUAGCAGCAGGUAUGUUAUUUAUGUUUUUUUUGUUUGAAUAGUGAGUAGAAGUGUCGCAUAGAACUUCUUUUGCACAUUGCUGUAAACUUUCUGACAGUUUUAAUCUACAUAUGAAAAUGUAAUUUUUGAUUUUGAAAUAAAACGUUAUCACUUUUAGAUGUCCGUUGUUUUGUACUGUUAAUGUUGUAAACGACAUGUUGGCGUUGGACGUUACGGAAGAAGAAGAUACGUGUGUGGUAUCUGCAGUUUGUGUAGCUAUGAUACUACCCAAAGACAAGUCGGUAGGGUUUUUUUUAUGAUAAGUUUACAUCUUUGUAAUUUUGAAUGAUCAGUAAGCCAUCUUUUUUACACGCAAUUAACAAUAUUUUAUAUUGAGUUAUAUAUUUUUAAGGAUGAUUACUUGAUUACAUACGCAUCUACAGUACAUAGAGGUACCAUGGAGCUGUCGACAACGCGAGAGCUGUACAAGUUUGCUCACGAAGUGAUACAACAAUUGAAUUUGGAUCUGGAAACUUUUUUGAAGUUGGAGAAAACAACCAAAGGCGACAGGACUAUCGGUAUAUCUUUUUAA